CGGAUCUUCUGAUUCCCAGUCCACCACAGUGUGCUCGUUCCUGCCAAGCUGUAGAUUUGUUAUUUUUUUUAAAAAGUCCUGCUUUCCUGCCUCACCUGUCCCACAGUUUCCUUACCCGCUCUUUUAGGGCUUAUUCUGAAAACUGCUGCAGAAAAAUCACUAAGUAGAAGUAAAGCAUGAAAUGAAAAUGAAAAAGAGGAAAUAGUGUCACAAAAAAAACUACGGCCAUGUGGGCUGUGCCCAAGCCAGGUUGGAUGCACCACAACAAAAGGAGAAAGCCCAAGAAUAACUUCCACGAAAACAAGUCGUCCCAGGUGAUGAGAACGUGGGUGCUUCUUAUGAUUUGCACUUUCCCGAGCUUUUUUAAAAUGAAAGAAAAGAAAGGAGGGCGGUAAUAAGGAAGUCCCGUCGCGAACACGAAAAACUAGUAGCAAGGGCGCAAAAGCGCCCGCCCGCGCCGAGUCCGCUGCCUGCUGGGGCCACGUGACAAGACCAAGAUGGCCGACGGGGAAGACCGCUGCCGGGCGGGGCAGGAGCCGGGGCCGGAGCCGGGAGAAGAGUUUGAGAUCGUGGACCGGAGCCAGCUGCCGGGCCCAGGCGAACUGCGGAGGGCGGCGAAGCCGCGUGCGGCGGCGGAAGGCUGGUCGGCGCCCAUCCUGACCCUGGCGCGGAAGGCCACUGGCAACCUGUCGGCGAGCUGCGGAAGCGCGCUGCGCGCAGCCGCUGGGCUGGGCGGUGCGGACGGCGGCGCGGAGGGCGCGGCGCGCGCAGCUUCCAAGUGCCAGAUGAUGGAGGAGCGUGUCAACCUGAUGCACAUGAUGAAACUCAGCAUCAAGGUCUUACUCCAGUCUGCCCUGAGCCUGGGCCGCAGCCUGGAUGCAGACCAUGCCCCCUUGCAGCAGUUCUUUGUAGUGAUGGAGCACUGCCUCAAACAUGGGCUGAAAGUUAAGAAGAGUUUUAUUGGCCAAAAUAAAUCUUUCUUUGGUCCUUUGGAGCUGGUGGAGAAACUUUGUCCAGAAGCGUCAGAUAUAGCCACUAGUGUCAGAAAUCUGCCAGAAUUAAAUUUGAUUCUCUGUUUGAAUUCCAGGACAGCUGUGGGAAGGGGCAGAGCUUGGCUUUAUCUUGCACUCAUGCAGAAGAAACUGGCAGAUUAUCUGAAAGUGCUUAUAGACAAUAAACAUCUCUUAAGUGAGUUCUAUGAGCCUGAGGCAUUAAUGAUGGAGGAAGAAGGGAUGGUGAUUGUUGGUCUGCUGGUGGGACUCAAUGUGCUUGAUGCCAACCUCUGUUUAAAAGGAGAAGACUUGGAUUCUCAGGUUGGAGUGAUCGAUUUUUCUCUCUACAUUAAAGAUGUGCAGGAUCUUGAUGGUGGCAAAGAACAUGAAAGAAUUACUGAUGUCCUUGAUCAAAAAAAUUAUGUGGAAGAACUUAACCGGCACUUAAGCUGCACAGUUGGGGAUCUUCAAACCAAGAUAGAAGGGUUGGAAAAGACUAAUUCAAAGCUUCAAGAAGAGCUUUCAGCUGCAACAGACCGAAUUUGUUCACUUCAAGAAGAACAGCAACAAUUAAGAGAACAAAAUGAAUUAAUUCGUGAGAAAAGCGAAAAAAGCGUAGAGAUAACAAAACAGGAUACAAAAGUUGAGCUGGAGACUUACAAGCAGACUCGGCAAGGUCUGGAUGAAAUGUACAAUGACGUGUGGAAGCAGCUGAAGGAGGAGAAGAAAGCCCGUUUGGAACUAGAAAAAGAACUGGAGCUACAAAUUGGAAUGAAAACCGAAAUGGAAAUCGCAAUGAAGUUACUAGAAAAGGACACGCACGAGAAGCAGGACACUCUAGUUGCCCUUCGCCAGCAGCUGGAGGAAGUCAAAGCAAUUAACUUACAGAUGUUUCACAAAGUUCAGAAUGCGGAGAGCAGUUUACAACAGAAGAAUGAAGCCAUCACAUCUUUUGAAGAAAAAACCAAUCAAGUUAUGUCCAGCAUGAAACAAAUGGAAGAAAGGUUACAGCACUCAGAGAGGGCAAGGCAGGGGGCCGAGGAGCGGAGCCACAAGCUGCAGCAGGAGCUCGGCGGGAGGAGCAGCGCUUUGCAGCAGCAGCUCUCCCAGCUGCACGAGCAGUGCUCAAGUCUAGAGAAAGAGCUGAAAUCAGAAAAAGAGCAAAGACAGGCUCUUCAGCGAGAAUUACAGCAUGAGAAAGACACUUCCUCUCUACUCCGAGCAGAGCUACAGCAAGUAGAAGGAUUAAAAAAGGAGCUGCGGGAGCUCCAGGAUGAGAAGACAGAGUUACAGAAGGUUUGUGACGAGCAGGAACAAGCCCUCCAGGAAAUGGGUCUGCACCUCAGCCAGUCAAAGCUGAAGAUGGAAGACAUCAAAGAAGUAAAUAAGGCACUGAAGGGCCAUACUUGGCUGAAAGACGAUGAAGCCACGCACUGUAAGCAGUGUGAAAAGGAGUUCUCCAUUUCCCGGAGAAAGAAAAUGAAGGAGCUGUGUCAGCUUCACAGGAUGCCCCGAGCAACCCCCAUUUCAGGACUAGAGGCCCUUGGUGAGGGCGGCUGCAUUCAAGGUGAAGACCUGAGCCUGCUGUGUCCUGGGGUGCAGGCUGCUCUGCCCAGUUGAGCCAAAGACAAGUUGGGCUGUUAAGUCCAACAAGCACAGAGAAAGUACCUGUCACCAAAGCCCAAAAGUUGUUCCCUUAUAUGUUUGGGUUGGCCAGAAAGUUCACUCGGGUUUUUCCUAACAUCUUAAAGAAAAACACGAAUCUGUAUGGCCAGCCUCCAAAACUGUGUGCCCAGCUCCAAAGCUGCAUUCAUUCCAAACUGCAGAUUUCCACAAGGUUCCAAAUAACCACAAUGUUUCUAGAGUUCUUUCAAGUUUCUAAUUCUAGUCCCUUUUCUUCCUCCAAUAAGGCAUGGUUUUCAAAAACUAGAGGACCAGGGGAAGGAACCCUCCUUGUGUCCAAUUCCCCAGACAUGGAGUAACUCAGUAAGAUCUCAGGGGCAGCAGCUGAACACCAGUGUUCAACAGUGCCUCCCCAGAAAAUUAUCAAGUACAACACUUCGGUAUCCCCAACCCAACUGAAGGUAUGCACCCAGCCUUCAGAGAGCGUGUGGCAGGGCAGGCGGACUGCAGGGCCCUUCGUGCAUACCUUCCACAAUGCUGCCAUCUACAGUCUGUAAAUUAACGACUAUCAUUCCAAGCAGUUUUUCAGAGUAUACUCACCAUACUCACCUCACCCAAGAGGAAACCUUCAGCAGUCACAGCAAGUAAAAAUGUACACAUGUGGCUUCAAACAGCACAAGCCUAUAUUCACAGCUCCGAUUCUUAAUUCUAACCUCAAUACAGCGAACUUUUUCUAUUAGAGGGAUGAUGAAUGAGUGGCAAUUCCCAAACUAGUGUUAAGUAUCUGAAGGGAAACCUAGAACUACACUUGUAAGAACUGCUUACUACUUUCCUAGCAAAUGUCUGAGUUCUCACCUACGAUAAUGGUUUCAAUUACUGAUUUAAACGAAUCAUUUGUUCUCCUAAAGUACAACUUGGUAUUCUACUUCAGAAGCUUUGUAAAUAAAUGGAAUAAUGUCACUCUUAAGUAGACUUGAUCUUGAGGAAUGAGGCAAAAAUAAAGGUUGAAACCUCAAUGUGAAAGUCCUCUAUGAGCUAGCUCCUUCUAGAAGAUACCCCAUAUAAGCAAAAUUCGAAAGAUGCCACCAGACUAGGAAGGGCAGCUCUAGUCAGCCACCCCUUGCCUCUGGCACUUCCUCAGCCAUGCUCAAAGACUUCCAUGGACAUGCACAGCAUGCAGUCAGGAGACUUCUGCCUCCCCCUUGGCUUUGUGCAAGUGCUUAGCAAGUCAAAGGCAAUUCAGAUCAGAUCCUGUGCAGCCAGGCCAGACAUACAAGUCCUUCCACAGGGCCCCAGAGCUACAUUUACCUUCAGUUGCACUGGAGGGAAGAGAGAUCUGAAGACAUCUACAAAACGGCCACAACUGCCGAGCCUGUCUGCCACAGCCAGAGACGUGGGCCACUGUUCACCUACGCCCCAGGCAGGAAUAGAUCACCAAGAAACAGUCCACAUGACACUGAAGCACAGACAAGACAAAGUGCAGUUUUUAAAAGGAAGAUUUAUUCAACAAGUUUCACUUAGCGCAAUACACCUAAAAGGAAAAUCACAAUACAAUGAAAAGAUUUAAAUCAAGGCCUCAGAAUUUCAUACGAACACCAAGACCAAAAUCCUAAAGUACUGGUAUUGCGUCUCAAAUUUUCCCCAUUAACUUAAAAAAAAAGCUUAAACUUACGUGCCAUAGAGGUUAUUAAAUGAAACUAGAAUUAACAAACAUGCCAAAUGUUUCACUUUUAAUUGUAGACACAGCUAUAUUGAGUUUUACAAAAAAGCAUGUCUUUCAACAAUGCAUCCAACAGUGUUCAAUGUAAUGUGGUGUAAGCAACAUUUAACAUAAUUCAACUGCUUUAACCUAAAUACACCUACUGCUUAAGUACAUCCUACAAUAUAACUAAUGUGAGAAAA